ACGGAGGCAACAGCAACUGCCGGUACAGAGGCAGGCUGGGAUCGUAAAUCGGCUGCCCUUCAGAUUUAGAUUCACUUCGCGGAGAGCCUGACGUUUCAUCGUAGUCAGCCUCGCUUCUGUCGGUCUCUUUCCCCCAUCUUCUUUACAUGUUUUUGCAGAUGCAAUUAAGGAAGUGUGCUUGGUUGAAUUAUCCUCCACUUGUAUGCGCUCAUGGUCGUGAUUCAACCAAUGCAUUCCCCAACACAGUAUCUUUUGGUCAAGCACGGACUAUGCUUUUAAGGAUGGAACGGCAACGUCGAGAAGAAGAGCUGAAGAACCGAUGUACCAAGAAAGGGCAAGAGGCGGAGCAAGCAACAUUAAACAGGGCUACCAGCCCUCAAACUGGUGCCCAGCAAACUGGAGGAAGCUUGAAAUCGAUGAAGGAUAAAUCUGGUCAGGCAGACAGAGAAGAAAAGGAGGGCUCUGCUUUGAAGACUGCUGGUCCUGAAGGAGAGAUAACGGCAGUUUGGCGGGUGAUUCUGGAUGCAAAGGUUGGACCUCCUUCACAUGAAAAGGGGCUUGCCAAGGAUAUUCUUUCUGUUUUCUCAACUUCUCAUUGCACUAGAACUUGUACUGAUGUCUUCCAGUUUCAGAGUCUGGAUCAUCCAUUACUGUUGGCAGCACUGCAUUUUAUUUGGGUGAAAUUGCUCCAAAUUUCCUUCCAAUCUAAAGCUGUAGGCUAUAUUGUUAUGUUGGAUCCUUCUACCGGCACGAGGAGCAACUUGUUGAGAAUUAAAGGAGCUAGAGUCGUCGGUGUUUACCGUCCAUUAAUUGAUGAAAAGCUUGUGAAGAUUCUGCAUGGGAGGAAUAAGAAGGUAUAUGCCUGGACUGUUGAUGAUGCUGAUUCUAUGCAGAGAAUGUUGUUUGAGCGUGUAGAUGGUGUUGUGACAAGCAACCCAACUCUCUUUCAACACACAAUGCAAGAUGUCAGAAGGCAGUGCCUUGAUGAGGGUUUUCUUUGGCAUGAUGACUCUGACAUGUGAUUAUCAGAUUACUGCAUAAAACUUUUUCAAAAUACAGGAUUUAUUAUCCCAACUGUGUACUGGUGCGAUAGUUUUUUUGAUAAUAAAUGAGUAAAUCUAUGCUCUUUUCCGGGGAAUUGCACUAUGCAAAAUUAAAUGCUACUUUUUUUGGCUUUUGAAUAUAUCUUUCGUGUUGGUACUUGGUAUGUUUUUCAAUGUUAACUUCUUGCUCGCGGGGCCAAAUGAAUACAUGGAACAUACACAGGGAAUACAUAUACUUGGUGUGGAAAGGCAAUGUCGUGAACUGAAGAACUGAUGUACCAAGAAAGGGCAAUAGGCGGAGCAAGCAACGUUAAAUAGGGUAGGCAGUCUUUUUAGUUGUAAACUGGAGGAACUUCGGAAGAUUAAUGCAUUGAGUAGAUACUUGCUUUGUUGGCUAUAAUUCUUUACUCUUGGUUUCUUUUCCUUGCUCAAUAACGUGUUCCCUCCUCAAUGUAGGCUACCAGCCCUCAAACUGGUGCUCACCAAACUGGAGGAAGCUUGAAAUCGAUGAAGGAUAAAUCUGGUCAGGCAGACAAAGAAGAAAUGGAGGGCUCUGCUUUGAAGACUGCUGGUCCUGAAGGAGAGAUAACGG